GAACUUCCUCUUCCGGCUCAUCCAUGGGAGGAUGGUGGCCCAGGCAGCGGCUUUCUCAGUCUUCCAAGGGUCGAAGCAGCUGCUGGAAAGACAGAGAGGAUGUCAAGCGGAGCAUUCUGGAUAAGUGAAAAUCACAAAGGGAAUUAAAGAAGAAAGUGAAUCCAGUCAGCAAUCAAAAUCUUCCAGCUUCCUCCGGAAAACAACAAAACUCUCCUUCCCUGUCAAGUAACAGACAAAAGAGAAUAACAGGAACUGGGUUUUGCUGGAAAAAAAUUGAGUCUGUGGAACUCAUAUCCAAAUUCAGAAAAAAAGAUGGAAAUAUCUGGAAAUCAGUGGGGAGAACCCUGUGACUUGGAUAGUUACGUAGGGCAGGCAGUCAUGCGAACUUUGCCCUGUGAAGAAAUAAAAAAUAGCUUGAAUCAAAGCGCCAUGCAAGACGGGAUCCAAAAUAUUUUUGACCUCCAGAAUCCAUUGGUGGAAAACCCACACCGAUGUGGGAAAAGUACAGAUUGUGGAUCACAGCUGAUUAUGCACGAGAGUUUCCACACUGGAGAAAAACCAAAUGAAUGUUCCAGGUGUGAGAAGGUCUUUUGCUACAGCUCCUUCCCUUUUGAAAAUAAAAGGACUUACACCGGAGACAAUUCAUACCAAAGCUUCCAGUAUGGAAAUUUUAGCAAGCACGCUCCUCUAGUCUUACACCAGAGGACUCCUACAGGUGAGAAACCAUAUGAGUGUCCGAACUGUGGGAAAGCUUUCAGUCAGAAUUCCCACCUUGUAAACCAUCAGAGGACUCAUACAGGGGAGAAACCGUACGAGUGUCCAGAUUGUGGGAAAGGUUUCAGUCAGAAUUCCAAUCUCUUGAUGCACCAGAGGACUCACACAGGGGAGAAACCAUAUGAAUGUUCAGAUUGUGGGAAAAGUUUCCGUCUUAAUUCCCAUCUGGUGGUACACAAGAGGUCUCACACGGGUGAGAAACCAUAUGAGUGCCUGGAUUGUGGGAAAGGUUUCACUCAUAGUUCCCACCUUGUGAUACACAGGAGAACUCACACAGGAGAGAAACCUUAUGAGUGUCCAGAUUGUGGGAAAGGUUUCCGUGUUAAUUCCCAUCUGGUGGCGCACCAGAGGAUUCACACAGGGGAGAAACCAUAUCAGUGUCUGGAUUGUGGGAAAAGUUUCAGUCAGAAUUCCCAGCUAGUGGUGCACCAGAGGACACACACAGGAGAGAAACUGUAUGAAUGUCCAGAGUGUGGAAAAAGUUGCACUCACAAUUCCGACCUCCUGGUACACCUGAGGACACACACAGGAGAGAAACCGUAUGAGUGUCCAUAUUGUAGGAAACGUUUCAGUCACAAUUCCAACCUGGUGGUACACCAAAGGAUACACACAGGAGAGAAGCCGUAUGAGUGUCCGUACUGUGGGAAGAGUUUCAGUCGGAAUUCGUAUCUGGUGAUACACCAGAGGACUCACACUGGGGAGAAACCAUAUCAGUGUUUGGAUUGUGGGAAAAGUUUUAGUCACAGUUCUGAACUGGUGAGACACCAGAGGAUACAUACAGGAGAGAAACCGUACGAGUGUCCAGAGUGUGGGAAAAGUUUCAGUCAGAAUUCCAGCCUGGUGAUACACAAAAGGACUCACACUGGGGAGAAACCCUAUGAGUGUUCGGAUUGUGGAAAAACUUUCAGUCAGAAUUGCUACCUAAUUAUACAUGAGAGGACUCACACAGGGGAGAAACCAUAUGAGUGUCUUUAUUGUGGGAAAAGUUUCAUUCGUAAUUAUGCCUUGGUGAUACAUCAGAGGACUCAUACUGGGGAGAAACCAUAUGAGUGUUCGGAUUGUGGGAAAAGUUUCCGUCUCAGUUCCCACCUGGUGGUACACCAGAGGAUUCACACUGGGAAGAAACCAUAUGAGUGUCAGGAUUGCGGGGAAAGUUUCAGUCAGAAUUGUCUCCUGGUAUACCACCAAAGGGCACACACAGGAGAAAAACCGUAUGAGUGUCCAGACUGUGGGAAAAGUUUCAGUAACAAUUCUCAUCUGGUGGUGCACCAGCGGAUUCACACAGGAGAAAAACCAUAUGAGUGCCAGGAGUGUGGGAAAAGUUUCAGUCGGAAUUCCCACCUGGUGGUGCAUCAGAGGACUCACACAGGGGAAAAACCAUAUGAGUGUCCAGAUUGUGGGAAAGGUUUUAGUACUAGAUCUAAACUUGUAAAUCACCAGAGGACUCACACAGGGGAGAAACCUUAUGAGUGUCCAGAUUGCAGGAAAAGGUUCCGUACUAAUUCACACCUGGUGGCGCACAAGAGGACUCACACAGGGGAGAAACCACAUCAAUGUAUGGAUUGUGGAAAAAGCUUCAGUCGGAAUUCCCAACUAGUAAUUCACCGGAGGACGCACACAGGAGAGAAUCUCUAUGAAUGUUUGGACUGUGGGAAAAGUUUCAGUCAGAAUUCCCAUCUGGUGGUACACCAGAGGACACACACAGGAGAGAAACCGUAUGAAUGUCCAUAUUGUGGGAAACGUUUCAGUUACAGUUCCAACCUGGCAGCACACCAGAGGAUUCACACUGGGGAGAAAUCGAACGAGUGUCCGGAUUGUGGGAAAAGUUUUAGUCGGAAUUCCUACCUGGUGAUACACCACAGGACUCACACUGGAGAGAAACCGUAUGAAUGUCCUGAUUGUGGGAAAAGUUUCAUUCACAGUUCUGAACUGGUGAGACACCAGAGGACGCACACAGGAGAGAAACCAUAUGAAUGCCCAGACUGCGGGAAAAGUUUCAGUCAGAGUUCCAGCCUGGUGUCACACAGGAGGACUCACACUGGGGAGAAACCCUAUGAGUGUCCAGACUGUGGGAAAACUUUCAGUCAGAGUUGUUACCUGGUUAUACACGAGAGGACUCACACAGGGGAGAAACCAUAUGAAUGUCUAUAUUGUGGGAAAAGUUUCAUUCGGAAUUAUUCCUUGGUGAUACACCAAAGGACUCACACAGGGGAGAAACCUUACGAAUGUAUGGAUUGUGGGAAAAGUUUCCGUCUUAAUUCACACCUGGUGGUCCAUCAGAGGACUCACUCUGAGAAGAAACCAUAUGAGUGCCAGGAUUGUGGGGAAAGUUUCAGUCAGAAUUGCCUUUUGGUAUAUCACCAGAGGCGACACACAGGAGAGAAACCAUAUGAGUGUCCAGAUUGUGGGAAAAGUUUCAGUAAUAAUUCCCACCUGGUGGUGCACCAGAGUAUUCACACAGGAGAGAAACCAUAUGAGUGCCAGGAGUGUGGGAAAACUUUUAGUCGUAAUUCUCACCUGCUGAUACAUCAGAGGUCUCACACAGGCGAGAAACCGUACGAGUGUCAGGAGUGUGGGAAAACUUUCAGUCGGAAUUCCCACUUGGUGAUACACCAAAGAACUCACACGGGAGAGAAACCAUAUGAGUGUCCCGAUUGUGGGAAAGGUUUCGCUACUAAGUCCAAACUUGUAGUUCAUGUAGCUUUACACAUUGGGGAGAAACCUUUCAAAUGCCCAGAGUGCGGACGUAGCUUCACACAAAACUCUUCUCUUACCGCACACAAGAAAAUCCACAUGAGGCAGAAAGUGAUGAGUCUAGAAAAGUCUUGAAUUUCAUUUCUGAUCUGUAGUUAGACGUGUGGGAGAUCUAUAGAGGCCUAAUGGAAGCAUCGGGCCUUCCCCACCCCAAGAUACACAGCCAGUGGCCCAGCUGUCCUGCCAGCGAGAAUCGGUGGGGAAGGAAUCUGUGCCUGCCUUUCUUAAUUCUGCCUCUGUACUUCCUGCUCCCAAGGUACCCUGCCUUUCUGGGGCAAAAACAACAACAAAAACCAGUUCCUCAGCUUUUUGGGGCUUUCUUCCCUAAUCAGGUGUCCACCUAUUAGCUGUCCAUGAGGAUGCUGCUAAGCUCCUCUGCCUCUCUAGGCUUUGAGGGAGGGCCCUUGCUAAAAGCGCAGCUUUAGGACAAGCUUCCGAAACCUUUCCCUUCCUUAACAUUCUCCUCCUCUCUCAAAAAAAAAUCUUCAGUAAAAAAAAACAAAAGGAAAAACUGGAAAGGAUAGGCUUGUUGAUCUUCCUUCACCCUGCCCCAUUUAGGUGCUAAAACUAAAUUCUCCCUCUGCCCUCUAACCAAUAUCCUUUUUAAAAAAAAAACUUACUUUGACUCCAGGCCGAAGAGUGGAAGAAUGAAGCCAGCAAAGAGACUUUUUAUUUCCCGUGAAAAGUUGACUAACCGAAAACAUGUCCAGGGAGGGAUCCCUGAAUGGUUUUUACCUAGGCUGUAACUCUUCCAACUACUAACUGAAGGGACUGGCAUUCCUUCAGUUUGUAUGAAGCACCUGGAUUAGGGAGAGUCUAAGGAUUACUCCAAAGUGAGAAAAAUCUUUCUGCAGCCUUUUCCCACUGAGGUUAAAAAAACACCACAGCAAAUCUCUAAUAAAAGUUGUGCCAGCAAAUAGAGCAGGGGUCUCCAACCUUGGUCCCUUUAAGACUUGUGGACU